CUCUCAUCACAGAUGUCGAAGACAGUGAAAUGCUUUUUCUAAAGUUGAGAAUGUGUAGUGAAUUUUGGUGGAGUCAAGCGCGACGACUUCAUCAGAAUCUUUUGAUUUUCGGUGUCAUUAAAACGUACUGAAAUUUAUUGCUGUCCGAUGAUAUUAUAUACAGAAAGUGAGGUGGUUAUUCAACAACAGAGAAUAUUUUUCUUAAUUUGAUAGAAAAUUUUUUCUUCUUCAUUUCUUGAACGGAACACUGCGACACCUUCUCAUAAACAUCGAUUUAUAUUUUUCUAUAAUUAAAAUCGACUGAGUGUUUAUUUCUUCUUAUUACAUCGGUUUCAUGUGAUAAAUUUAAACGUACAUACGAUUUAACAACAGUCAAAAGUGCAUAACAAAUCGGGACGGUAAAAAGUUAUCAUUUGGACGAAAAAAUAAAUAAAUAAAUCGAAGAAACGAACAACAAAUCGCUAUCAUUUUGUUGGUGGAUUGUAAUCGCAAAUUGCAUUAACUUGAGAUAAACCGAAUUAGAAGCAGAACAUUCAUUAUAAAUCAUUGUUGUAUACGGUUUUGUGGAUAAAAUUCGUUUUUAUCGCGGAGGAAUACAUCACCGACAAAAUAAUAACACAAGCGAAUUGGAUUAUCGUAGAUGAGCUUUUCUACCAAACCAGCUAGAGCAAAAAGGCCUUGUGGCAUAUCAUCAUUCAUACCAUUGGGUAUGUCCUGUCGGGAUCGGGCAGAAGCAUUUGCUCGUAGCUUACAGUCAAGAUUACGAACACUAGGAACACAGCCAUCCACACCUGUACAACCACCUUCUCCGAUAGUUCAAGAACCUCCCACUGAAAACACAUGGCUCAUACAAGGUGCAUCGAAUACCGACAACACAACAUCACUGAACCGCCUUCCCGAAACAGAUUCGUUUUUUGAUUUCGAUGCUGAGAUUGACAGUCCAGCCAGUCCAGCUGAAGAAAGUGAUUACAUCAAGCUAGUGGAAAAUGAAACGAAAGCAGAACCAACUAGUGACAUUGCAUCCGAAUCAGGUGUUUGUUCGUCGCUGUCGUCCCGAACCAAUAGCGGCGAUAGUCAUGUGUCAUCAGAUGGACAAUUUUUCGACCCAGAAAGUUCUGAGGCCGAUCAGCGUUCUCUGUCAUUAAGUAUUGACUAUUACGACUGUGUUGAUGGUAAAGCCAAAGAUUCGUCGUCGGAAUAUCAGAAUGGUUUUGCCUAUCCAGUAAUCGACAGCGACAGUUGUUCCGAAUCAUUACCGCAAUCUCAAAGUACGACUACCUCACUGUCGACAUUCACAGCAUUCAGUUCGGCUUCCAACAACACACUACAGGAUGAAGCAAUGCCUGACGUCGUUAUGCCUGGAGAACCGCUUGACACUGUGGAUUCUGGUUCAACAGAUGAUAGUGCUGACAUCAAUCGGACUGAAGGCCUGACAUCAGAUACAAGCAAAUUCGAAUACAUGAAAAGCUUGACACUGGAUUUUCCAAGAUUAAUCACAUCUUCACCAGAACGAUCGCCAGAGCCGAGUGACCAAAAUCAAGAAGCCGAUACGAAUGCAACAAAAACGGAACAUUUAACCGUGUCACAAGAAGAUGAUGAUGCCAAACCACAGCGUGUUCGUCGAUGUUCGUCAUUGAAAACUGGAAAAACUCCACCCGGUACCCCGGGACGAAAGAAAUUCGUUCGUUUUGCCGAUGUUUUGGGUCUCGACUUAGCGGACGUUAAAACGUUUAUGGAUGAAAUACCAACAGUACCACUGUCAGCCUAUGCCGACUUGCAUGUCAGCGACCCAAUGGACGAUCCGAUAUUAUUAGGACCUCCAGUUGAUCGAAUUCUGAUGCCACUGUUUCAACAACCUGGCGGUAUGCCCGGAUUCCUGGACUUGGUGCGAGAACAAAAGGUGUGCUUAGAAAAUGCAGCCGUCACCGAUCCAGUAUGCAUGACCAUUACGGGCUGUGUACGCGUACGGAAUUUAGAUUUUAACAAAUCCGUUCAUCUUCGGUAUUCGCUGGAUGGAUGGAGCAGUUUCUCCGACUUCCAAGCCAAUUACAUUCAAGGUUCCUGCGACGGAUUCUCCGAUAAAUUCAGUUUCACAAUAUUCGGCAAUUCACUACAAAUAGGUCAACGGCUGGAGAUGGCCGUACGGUUUUCGUGUAAAGGUGAACAGUUCUGGGACAGUAACUUUGGUGUCAAUUAUUGUUUUCAAUGUCUACCAGCGACGACACCACCAAGACCGUCAAAUACAUCGUCGGCAACAGCCGUUACACCGGAUGAGGGAUCAUGGUCGGGUACAUUCUAUUAAAG